AUGCGGGAGGUGGAGGAGGCGGAAGAGGAAGGGGCGGAUGAUAGGAGGAGCCCUCCGAGUUGGCGUGUGAUGCGAGAUGUGGAUGCCGAAGCUGUUGAUGUUACAUCGAUUCAGUACAUCGCCUUUGUUUUUUUGAGCAGCGGUGCCGAAAAUACAGUUUCAGAAAAAGCGCACGUGACCUCUUUGGUGCAUGGAGUGAUGCGAAAUUCGCAAUACAGACGCUUAGGAAAUUCCAAUUCAGCAUCGCGGCACGGCAGCAGCCCAGCCACACGACGGCAGAAGCGCAGGCCCAAGAGCACGACGACUCUCGGACGUAGAGAAACUGCGAAAGCUUCCUCCGCCCCAAAGCAGUUGCAGCAGCAGCACCGAACAGCAACAGCAGCAGCCGACGGCGGAGUGUCUUGGCCAUUCGAUCCAAUUCGCACUUUUCCCUCACCACCACCCUUUCUUCACCCAUCCUCCCUUCAAGAAAGAAUUCGUCAAGGUUGGUAUCUUCGACACUCUCCAGAGCAAACACGUAUAGACCAUCGAGUAGUCGUAGCAGUAGCAGCAGCAGCCGAAACAAGGAUCGGAAUUGGUGUUCGAGGCAGGAAUCGACACACCGAAUGA